AUGUUUAAGAGGAAUCAGCAACCUUAUCAGCGGCAACCAUGGGCACAACAACAGUAUGGAAAUUCUUCUGGUGGUGGCUAUUCAGACGAUAUCACUAAAUCAAACGAAGCCAGCUAUAAAGUAUCUCGUGAAAAUGAUGCAAUUGAUUCUAAAUAUGGAUUUGAUAGAGUUAAAGAUGGAAAUGAGAGAACAGGAUUUCUCAUUAAUAUUCAUUCGACUGAAGUUCUUGAUGCUGAUCGACGUUUAGUGUCAGCAUUAGAUCUUUACUUUCUCACAAUGAACGCUUCUAGAUUUAAAGUCUCGGUCAUUUAUCAACCGUACUUUCUUGUUCUCCCUCAACAACAUCAACUUCAUGAAGUGAUGACAUUUCUUCAACGAAAAUUUGGUGGUCAAGCAGCCAAAAUCGAAGCAGUUGUGAAAGAAGAUCUCGACAAGCCAAAUCAUAUCAUUGGAUUAAAACAAAACAUGAUCAAGAUGUCUUUUACAAACACAAAUAUGAUGAACAAAGUUCGUCUUGAAAUCAAUCGCGUAGUCAAGAAGAACAAAGAACGUGAGAAGACAAACACUUUCUACAUGAAACUCCUUUCAACCACACUCGCAGGAUCUUCAAACAAUGAACAAAAUCCCGACUUUAUGGACUUCAUAAUGGAUAUUCGAGAACAUGACGUUCCUUAUCACGUUCGUGUUUCAAUUGAUCUUCAAAUAUUUUGUGGACUUUGGUACAAUAUAAAAUGUCUUGGAAGCACAGAACGGCCAUUAAUUACACAACGUCCUGAUAUCAUUGAACGUCCUGAUCCAAUUGUCCUCGCAUAUGAUAUCGAAACAACUAAAUUACCUUUAAAAUUUCCCGAUGCUCAAUCAGAUCAGAUUAUGAUGAUUUCUUACAUGAUUGAUGGACAAGGAUAUUUAAUUACGAAUCGUGAGAUUGUCUCAUGUAAUGUCAACGAUUUCGAAUACACACCAAAGCCUGAAUUUGAAGGAAAUUUUAUCGUCUUCAACGAACCAAAUGAAGUCGCGUUAAUUCAGAAAUUCUUCGAUCAUAUUCUCGACAUUCGUCCACAUAUUAUUGUGAGCUAUAAUGGAGACUUCUUCGAUUGGCCUUUCUUAGAAACAAGAGCAGCAAUUUAUGACAUUGAUAUGAAGCGAGAAAUUGGAUUUGUUAAGAACCGAGAAGGAAAUUAUUUGUCACGUCCUUGCAUGCAUAUGGAUUGUCUUUGUUGGGUAAAACGUGACUCUUAUCUACCAGUUGGAUCACAAGGUUUAAAAGCAGUUGCUAAAGCAAAACUUCGUUACGAUCCUGUUGAAUUGGAUCCUGAAGAAAUGUGCAAGAAAGCUGUCGAACAUCCACAAGAGUUGGCAAGUUAUUCAGUGUCAGAUGCAGUUGCAACUUAUUACCUUUACAUGAAGUACAUUCAUCCAUUUAUCUUUGCAUUGGCAACAAUCAUUCCGAUGGAACCUGACGAAGUUUUGAGAAAAGGUUCAGGAACGUUAUGCGAGUCAUUGUUGAUGAAAGAAGCUUUUCAUGUUAACAUCGUUUUUCCCAAUAAGGAACAAGCGGAGCUCAAUAAAAUGACUGAAGAUGGUCACGUUCUUGACACUGAAACAUAUGUUGGUGGACAUGUUGAAGCAUUAGAAUCGGGCGUUUUUCGAGCUGAUCUUCCAUAUCGAUUUCGAUUAGAUUGUGAAAUGAUAACAAAACUUCAAAAUGAAGUUUCUCACGUUCUUAAACAUUCUCUCGAAGUUGAAGAAAAUAUUCCACUAAGUGAGGUUCAAAAUCUCGAUGAUGUUAUAAAGCAAAUUCAAGACGCUCUUCAAGCACUUCAUGAUAAUCCUGUGAGAAUGGAGAAACCAGUAAUUUAUCAUCUUGAUGUUGGUGCAAUGUAUCCGAAUAUUAUACUUACAAAUCGUCUUCAACCUUCAGCGAUGGUCACUGAACAAGAUUGUGCUGCUUGUGAUUUUAACAAACCUGAUGCAAAAUGUAAGCGAAAGAUGGAUUGGCUGUGGCGUGGUGAAAUGCUGCCAGCAACGAGAAGUGAAUUUCAACGAAUCCAACAACAACUGGAAACAGAAAAGUUUCCACCACUUUAUCCCGAUGGUCCCACAAGAGCUUUUCACGAACUUUCACGUGAAGAUAGCGCAGCUUUCGAAAAGAAACGUCUCACUGAUUAUUGUCGUAAAGCUUACAAGAAGACAAAAGUCACAAAAUUAGAAACGAAAACAUCAACAAUUUGUCAAAUGGAAAACAGCUUUUAUGUUGAUACUGUCCGAGCUUUUCGUGAUCGUCGGUAUGAAUAUAAAGGAAUGACGAAAGUCGCAAAAGCUGAUGUUGUUAAAGCUGUAAAAUCUGGUGAUGCUGGUGAGAUCAAAGCUGCUAAAGGACGUGAAGUUCUUUUUGAUUCACUUCAACUUGCACAUAAAUGUAUUUUGAAUUCUUUCUACGGUUAUGUAAUGAGACGCGGUGCACGAUGGCAUAGCAUGCAAAUGGGUGGAAUUGUUUGUCUCACAGGCUCAAAUAUUAUCACCAAAGCGAGAGAAGUAAUUGAGAAGGUUGGACGACCAUUGGAACUUGACACUGAUGGUAUUUGGUGCAUUCUGCCUGGAACUUUCCCACAAGACUUUGAAGUGUUGACAAAUCUUCCGAAGAAAAGUAAAAUCACUGUAAGUUAUCCAAAUGCUGUGUUGAAUACAAUGGUGAAAGAUCAUUUCACAAACGAUCAAUACCACAAGCUUGAAAAAUCAGCUGGUGAGAACGGAGAACUUCCAGAAUAUUCAAUUCAUCAAGAAAAUUCAAUUUUCUUUGAAGUUGAUGGACCUUACUUGGCAAUGGUGUUACCAGCCGCAAAAGAAGAAGGAAAGAAGUUGAAGAAACGUUAUGCAGUGUUCAACUUUGAUGGAUCUUUAGCUGAACUUAAAGGUUUUGAGAUUAAACGACGUGGUGAACUUCAAUUAAUUAAAAUCUUCCAAUCGCAAGUCUUCAACGCUUUUCUUCAAGGCAAUACACUUGAGAAAUGUUACGAAUGUGUUGCAAAAGUCGCCAAUUAUUGGCUUGAUGUAUUGUUUAGCAAAGGCGCUAAUAUGCCUGAUUCAGAACUCUUCGAACUCAUCUCAGAGAAUCGUUCAAUGUCACGAAAACUUGAAGACUAUGGCGUUCAAAAAUCGACAUCAAUUUCAACAGCAAAACGUCUUGCUGAGUUCUUAGGUGAUCAAAUGGUGAAAGAUGCUGGCCUUGCAUGUAAAUAUAUCAUCAGUCGAAAGCCAGAAGGUGCACCUGUCACUGAACGUGCAAUUCCAUUGGCGAUCUUUCAAUCGGAGUCAGCUGUUCGUCGUCAUCAUCUUCGAAGAUGGUUGAAAGAUUCAAGUAUUGAUGGCGAUGUUGAUAUUCGUGAUAUUCUCGAUUGGAAUUAUUACAUCGAACGAAUUGGUGGUGCAAUUCAAAAGAUCAUCACAAUCCCAGCAGCUUUGCAAGGCAUCAGCAAUCCAGUGCCACGAGUUCAACAUCCAGAUUGGCUUCAUAAGAAAAUGCUUGAGAAAAAUGACGUUUUUAAGCAAAGAAGAAUCAACGACAUGUUCAAAGCGAAACCAAUUCGCGAUAUUGAAGACACUGUUGGAAGUUCAUCAACCGCUGGUGGCAUUCCAAUCGUCACAACGAAAAGAAAACGAACAAGAACAGAAUGUGAAGAAGAAAAUCAACAACAACAGCCGAAAACAUGGCGUGAAGCUUUAGGAAAUCCGCCAGAGAUUGGAACGACGAAAGAAGAAUUAAUUGAAUGGAUAAAGUUUCAGAAGAAGAAAUGGCGAUGGCAGAUUGAAAGUCGAAAGAAAUUUCGUAGUGAUGUUGGAAAUAAACGAGGACGUCAUGACGUUCCUUUGAUGGAAGUUCCAGCACAACGCGGUCCAAUUUCAUCACUCGGUGGAUUCCUUAAACGAACACAAAGAAAUCUUAUUGAACUUCCAUGGCAAAUCAUUCAAAUCGUUGCAAUUGAUCAAGAUGGAAACUUCAAUGUUUGGGCUUUGAUCGGCGAUGAAUUGCAGAAAUUGAAACUUGUUGUGCCGAGAAUUUUUUAUGUAAAUCAAAGAACAUUAGCGCCGUUGUGUGACGAUUUAACGAGUGACGUAACAUGGAAGAAAGUUAACCGAACUCUUCCAAGAUCACGUCCAACUUAUAAUCUUUAUCAAUACAACGUCCCUGAACAUGUUUUUCGUGACAAUCAACUUGGAAUGCUUGUUGAUCUUGCAGCACCUGACAUUGAAGGCAUUUACGAGACACAAUUGAGUCUUGAAUUUCGUGCACUUAUCCAACUUGGAUGCACGUGUGCUGUGCAAAGAUCAGAAGCGAAGAAAAUCGCUUCAAUUCCAAGUGGACAUGGUCAAGGUGACACAUUUUCACUUCAUCAGCUUGAACAACGAAGUCAAAUUCAUCAACCAUACUUGAAAGAUGCUGAAAAGUUGCGUCGAAUCUUUUUAUAUCAACACACAAUUCCAUCAGGUAAGAAGAGCUUGUGGGGAUUGUUCUUGACGCCAAUGAAGAAAGCAAUCAUCAUCGUUCAUGAUUCUGUUCGAAAUAAUCAAAUGCCAACAAUGAAGAAUCUUUAUCAGAUUGAACGACAAGCUUUAAUUGCUGAUAAUGACGAUGACGAAAGUGAGAAACUUCCACCGAAUGACAUUUCGUUUGAUGUUCAUGUUGAGAUUGACAUCAAGCAAGUUUAUCGGCACAUUCAAAAAGCUUUGUCAGCUUACAAACAAGAACGACGUGGACCAACAAUUCUUUGUAUUCAAUCAGCGACAGCAAUUAAUCAAUUAAAUGUUGCAAUUCCAACUUUACUUGAUUUCCCUCAGACAAAGUUUCACAUAACCGACGAUGCUUCAUUACUUGUUGGACUUGAGUGGCAGAAAAACGGCGUCAAGUCAAUGAUUCGUCACUACUUGAAUCAUCAACGUGUUCUUGAUUUAAUGUUAGAGCAAUGUCGAUAUUUCCAUUUGCCAAUUGGUAACAUGACAAGCAACACGGUUCUAUUUGGCGCUGAUUUAUUUUACGCUCGUCAUUUACAAAAGAAUAAUUUUGUGUUGUGGUGGUCGCCAAAUUGUCGGCCAGAUCUUGGUGGAACGGAAACUGACGACAACACGUUGUUGAGUGAAUUUGAUGAUAACAAAAUAAUUCAGCAAUGUAAAUCUGGUUUCUUUCCGAAUGUUUGUGUUGAGCUUACGAUUGACAGUUUGGCAGUUUCUUCUCUUCUUCAAAGUCAUCGCAUUCAAGAGAUGGAAGGCGCAAAUUCAGCGAUAACAUUCGACACAAUACCACAAGCUUCACUUGAUGAUAUGAUAACAAAUCCAAAUUUAUUGCAAAUGCUUCCAAGUUAUGAUGAGACAGCGCUUUGUUCAGCUGCUUUCCGCAUCAUGAGGUCAAUGGUCGGCGGAUGGAUGCGUGAAGUUUCUGUCAAUCGAAACGUUUACAGCGAUUUUCAAAUUGUUCACUUUUAUCGUUGGAUUCGAUCAUCAACUUCAUAUCUUUAUGAUCCAGCACUUCGUCGAUCAUUAAACACUUUAAUGAAGAAACUUUUCCUUCAACUAAUCUCGGAGUUUAAGAAUCUUGGCGUUGACAUUAUUUAUGCUGAUUUCACGAAAAUUAUCAUUAAUAGUGGAAAGAAAUCAGUUAUUGAUGGAAUAAGUUACGCUGAUUACAUUUGCCAAAGUAUUCGUGGUAAAGAAUUAUUUCAUUCGGUUCAUUUAUCGUACCAACAAUGUUGGAAUUUUCUUCUUUGGAUGGAUUCAUUUAAUUAUUCCGGUUUUCGUGGAAAACUUCCGAAAGAAUUAAGAAAUGAUGAAGAUGAGGAGGAAGUGGAAGAGACGGAAGAUGUUAAUGAAGAAGAUGAACUGGACAUGAAUUGGAAUAUUUGUGAGAAUUUACCACAAGAAGGUGAAACAAGUCGACGACUUGAAGCUUUUCUUAAAAUGUACAUCAAUGAACUUGCAAAAGGCGAAGAAGCAUCGAAAACAUUGAAAAAUUUAUCGCAUCAUGCUUUUGAGACUGUUUUGAAGUUAUAUCAAACAACUGGACGACAAUCAGAAGGACCAGCGACAGAAUUCAUCAAAGCUUUGUGUAAAAUUCUUUCAGUUGAUCCAUCGAUUAAUGACGAACUUGAUUCGUUGAGGAAAAAUAUGCUUCGAUUAGUAGGACUUGGAGAAUUCUCAGACAAAGCUGUUUGGAAGGAUCCUGGAAAAUCUUACGUUCUUUCAGAAAUGAUUUGUCAAGCUUGUUAUCAUUGCCGUGAUGUUGAUUUGUUGAGAGACAAACAUCGUGCGAUUAAAGAUGGAAAUCCAGUUUGGUUGUGCUCGCAAUGUUUGAUGAAUUAUGACAACGAUGAAAUUGAGAAUCGAUUGAUUGACGCAAUAAAUCGUCGAUUGAUGUCGUACACUUUGCAAGAUCUUCAAUGUGUCCGAUGUAAGGAAAUUAAACAAGACAACAUCAUCGAGAAUUGUUCGUGUGCUGGACGCUUCACAACAUUAAUCAAACCAGAAGAAAUUCGGAAUCUUAUCAAAACUUUUAAUCAUGUCGCAGAUACUUAUUCAAUGGUUUUACUAAAGGAACAUACUGAUUCAUUAAUCAACAAUAUUUAA